GUUUGCUUCCGGAGCAGCGUCGCCCGGUCCACCCUGUCGGAGAACAGCGGCAUCUGGGAGGGAGGAGAAAAGAAACAAGCCGAGAGAAAACGGAGGGGAGGAGAAAAAAGACAGGAGCGCAGCGAGAAGGACGUGAACACACUGGAGAGGAGGACGCUGCUGCUUCAGUAAAGCCCUCCUGAUUGGAUGAAGAGAGAACCACUGACUACCAGUAUGGAUGCACUCAUCUGUAGUUCUCUGAUCUGCAGCUGAGUCUACUGAACCCUGAACUGUGACCAGCGCCAGUCUAUGACUGACCUCCUGUCAGGUGAUCCAUCUUGUGCCACGAUGAUGUCAGUAGAUGUGACCAAUCGUAAUGGCCCUGCUGCCACGCCUCCAACCUCACUUAGCCUUCGCUCCUCACACAAUCAGCUGCUCAGCAGCGAUGUCAUCAAACAGGGCUCCGCCACGCCUCCCAAGUGUCGCAAAAAGUAUGCACUUACCAGUAUCCAGGCUGCAAUGGGCCUUGGAGAAGCAGUGCCAUCUUCACCAUCACCAUCAUCAUCCCCAUCACAGUCUUCAACCCCCAACAAUCCCAAACUAGCCAAGAAUGGAGUCAACCAGCUUCGUAAAGCUGGUCAGGACCACAACAAAAACACGACCGGCCCUGACUCGAUAGAUCUGGAAUGUAAUUCAGAGACUAUAGCAGAUGACCUCAAUGUCAACACAUCACAGGAGCACGACAGUCACACUCUCACCAAUAAUGACCGAGAGGAUGAUGUAAUUAAGUUAGAUGUCGAACUGCACGCAGACGCCAACACUGACGCAGAGCCUGAGCAGAAAACUGAAUCAGACGUGGACUGCAACAUUAACACGACUGUGGAGCUCAAACUGAACGGCAACACAACAACAGACUUGGGCUUUGACUUGAACGUUGAGGCAGAGGAGAGUGAUGACAUUAGCAUUCUGUCUGAAAAGGAAAUAAUGUCAAAGAUGAAGAUUGAGGAAGAUGGAGAAGAGGUGGUGGAGGGGGAGCAGGAAGACGAGGAGAAGAAGCCUUUACUGAUGAUAAAAAGUGAGUCUCCCAUGAAGAACCACAAAGUUUCUGCAGGCGUGGAACUCAUCUCUGACCUCCACUCCAACAUCAAGCUCCUCAAAACAAGCAAGGACUCUUCUGUACCUCCUCCUCCCUCCCAACCACGGCAAGCCAGUCCAGAGGACACGCCCCUGCUCUCUGUGGCCUCCUGCUCCUCCUCUUCCUCCUCCUCUCCAGAGACGAAGAAGGACAGAAGGACCGGCGCAAAGACAGACUGUGCUUUGAACCGCAUCCAGAAUCUGAACCCAAGUGAUGAAGAGCUGAGUUGGACCACCCUGUCCCAGGAGAGCAACUCCCCAGAGGAGACAGAUAUCUGGAGUGAGCAGUCGUUCCAGACAGACCCUGACCUGCCUCCAGGAUGGAAGAAGAUCACAGACAUGGCCGGAAUCUACUACUGGCACAUUCCUACAGGCACCACCCAGUGGGAGAGGCCUGCCACCCGCCAAGCACUCCCUGGACAGACUGAGACCCCGGCCUUGGGCAACCACACAGUCUCAACACCACGUAAACACUCUCUGGGCUCACUCAGCCCCUCACCCACUCCUGACCAUGAGUCGUGUCAGGCAGAGGUCUUCUUCAGGGCGUCAACUCGCUCGGGCAGCACCACCUCCGACAGUUCAGUGGAGCCUCUCUCCUCUCAUGAGCCCACCCUCCCCUCAUGUGGAUUUGUCAACAGCUGCUACUUCCCUCGCUCCACAUCUCUGCAGGGGGUGCCUGAUCAAGAGUGUCGCUCUCAGCAUCACGACGAUGAGGACAAGAAACAGGUGUGGAGUGAAUUUGGCGGAAAGAUUGAUAGUGAGGUGUGGAAGGACCUGCAGGCAGCCACAGUGAACCCUGACCCCAGUCUGAAGGAGUUUGAGGGUGCCACGCUUCGCUAUGCAUCACUCAAGCUAAGGAACCGUCCAGCAGUGGAAGAAGAAGAGUCUAGCAGUGUCAACAGUGACCCAGAAGCAAAGUGUUUUGCAGUGCGCUCUCUGGGAUGGGUGGAAAUGGCUGAAGAGGACUUGGCUCCUGGAAAGAGCAGUGUUGCUGUUAACAACUGCAUCAGACAGCUGUCCUACUGCAAGAACGACAUCCGAGACACUGUCGGCAUCUGGGGAGAGGGGAAGGACAUGUACCUGGUGCUGGAAAAUAAUAUGCUGAACCUGGUUGACCCCAUGGACCGCAGUGUGCUUCACUCUCAGCCAAUCGCAAGCAUCCGGGUCUGGGGCGUUGGCCGGGACAAUGGCAGGGAUUUUGCAUAUGUGGCGAGGGAUAAAAACACCAGGAUCCUGAAAUGUCAUGUGUUCCGCUGUGACACGCCAGCCAAAGCCAUCGCCACCAGUCUGCAUGAGAUCUGCUCCCGGAUAAUGACAGAGAGAAAGAAUGCCAAAGCGAUGGCAGGAGGCUCUCUCCAGGACAGGAUGCAGGCAGGACUAGAUCUCCCUUUACAAGCAGAGUUCCCCACACCAAAGACAGAGCUGGUUCAGAAGUUUCAGGUGCUCUACCUUGGGAUGUUGCCCGUGGCCAGACCAAUAGGUCCAGGAAUGGACAUACUGAACGGAGCUAUAGACAGUCUAAUUGGUUCUUCCAACAAAGAGGACUGGACUCCAGUAGCUCUCAACGUGGCAGAUGCUACUGUCACCAUCAGCAAAGACAAGGAUGAAGAGGAAGUGCUGGUGGAGUGUCGUGUGCGUUUCCUGUCUUUCAUGGGGGUUGGACGUGACGUGCACACGUUUGCCUUCAUCAUGGACGCUGGCGGGCAUCGUUUUGACUGUCACGUGUUCUGGUGCGAGCCUAACGCUGGGAGUGUGUCGGAGGCUGUACAGGCAGCUUGUAUGCUGCGGUACCAGAAGUGUUUGGUCGCUCGACCCCCCUCCCAGAAGGCCUGCGGUUCGUUGCCACCUGGUGACUCAGUGUCCCGUCGGGUCUCGACCAGCGUGAAGAGAGGGGUCCUGUCUCUCAUCGACACCCUCAAACAGAAGAGACCCGUCACCGAGUUGCCACAGUAACCACGGCGAAGCACUACCGACUCCCUGCCACAACCCCCAGUCACCAUGGUAACUAGUCACAUUGCUGCCAAAACCCGUCGCCACCACAGACCCCAGUAACCACUGAAACACAGCAAAGCCCCAGGGUUUGGGAAACCAUGUCACGAUACCUUCGCUUUUCUGGAGCAACUUGGAAUUUCAACUCAAGAGUUUUAUCAACUCUUGAGCAGCAAUUCAAGUCUGUUUCCUCAAAAUAACUAAGAUGAUUAAAGACUCAACCCCCACAUCAAGAAGGAACAACCACGAGAAACUUCUGAAUGACGAUCGUAACGGUGUUGGUGUACAUAGAAGUAACUCUCAUCCCCCUCAGCACAGAGAAGGAGUGCGGAGAAGAGAGCAAAUAUUGAAGUAGGAAGUGCUCCUUCAAGCACAGCACGUGUGAUGAGUGAGCUCAUUGCUGCCCAAACUGCUGAUCUCUCCGUGAUCUUAUUGUAUUUGUGUCUAUGCCUGUGCUGCCAGCAUGACCUUGCACACCUGGCCACAUCCCGCUGUCAAUUCACCUGGUUGUCCUGUUAGUCUGUAGUGGCUUUCCCCCCCUCUGUCCCUCGUUCUCAUUAUCCUCAGUAGCCUGUAACAUACAAGUUAGUGAGUCAAUGGAAGGAAGGAAUCAUGAAAGCCAUCAUGUCUGAUUUUCGUGUCUGAUCAGUAAGCAAUGAACAAAAGAAAGAAGGGAGCUGCUACAGGCUAAAGAGUUUUGGCCAUUACAGUCCACACACUCAUCUGUUCAACUGAUCCUGCAUGAAAUUUUUAUAGAAAGGUGAAUCAUACUAGACGAUAUCAAUACACUGCUGCUGCUUUCAGAGACUGAAGGGGUGAGAAAUCAGAAGCCACAUUGUUUAUCCUGUGUUCUUAUCUCUUUUUUUCUCAUCAACUGUGCAAGAAUCAGCCUGGAGGGGUUUAAACGAGCGGUGACCUUUCACCCGAGAACAUCCUACAUAUGCUUUAUGUUUACAUCUCGUUUUUAUUCCUCUGUUAUCCCUCAGAAAAUGACAGACGAUAGCCAUAGUGGAGGAAGAGACGCAGGGAUGGACAGUGUUAGCCCUCUCUCCUCUGCUCCCCUGCGUUCUGGUAAACAGUACUAGACUGCUGCUCCAAACACGGAGACGUCAGCAUGCUGCUGCUGCUGCUGCUCUUUGAUACACAUGCUGGAGGAAAUUUGACUUUAAAUCCCACCUCAGUAUCAGUCCUCAGAGACCUCUUGUCCACUAAUAAAAGAGGAUUGGCAGCAUAGGAAAGCCUGGAGGGAGAAAAAGAAGACUUGAGGAAUGUGUUUUUAUACCUGGGUAUGGUUGCGAUAAUGUUGUCUGAACUGUGAGGAGGUGAGAAGGAGAGAGCGAUUUUAUCUCCAGCCAACAGAGAGACAUGUUGACUUAAAUCAACAGGACUUUCCUGGGCUGCUUUCUGUCUGUCUCCAGGGUUCUGUUCACUUGAAUGCGCCUUCCAUUUUUUCUUUCAUUGCCUACUUACUUACUGUACACCUACUUUCAUCAGUGCCACAAGAUCACAUGCUUCUUUCUCUGUUUUUUGUGUUUUUUUUCCUCACACAAAUCUCAACUAUUCACUUCUAGCUCCUUAUUAUCACACAUCCAACAAGCUUGGAUGUAUGAUAAUUUCUAGUGAAGUUCUUUAUUGUAACAGGUAGAUGCUGAACAUCUGACCUUUUGCUAAACCGCCUGUCAAGCUUUGGAUCUCUCCACAUGCAGAAACGGUGUGGACAGGGCAGGAGUAAGAGAGACACUCGCUAUCUAACAGUUUGAAUGGUGGAGUCUCUUUCGUGGCUUUUUCCAAAUCCAAAAUCAAAACAGCACAGUUGAAAGGAAUGGAAUAAAGCAUGUGUUUAUAUGCUAUAACGUAAAUGUCAAACAGUAUGCUCGGUUAACUGACUUGAUACAUACAGUAGUAAUUUCCGAAAGGCAAAGAGCAUGUCAUUUGGUAGAGACACUUACCAUUUUCAUGGAGGUAUUUCCAGAAUCCCAAAAGGUUUCUUUAACCAUCUGGAUGAAAAAAAAAUCAUUAGUUCGCUGAAUGAUAAAAGUUGUUUAUGAGUCAAAACAAAGAUGGCAGCCAGCCAACUACCUGGACAGAGAGAGUCUCAAAUCUUUUUUAUCAUUCAGCAGAUGGAAGAUUUUUUUUUUUUUUCGUUGAAGGAGUCUUUGGGGAUUCUGAAAAAACUGUCAGCUCAGUGUGUUGUUGAACCAGCUUCUGUGUUAGUCAUCUUUUAGAGAAACCAGUUGUUAACUCUGUGACCUGGAUGUACAGUAUGCUACAGUAAUAUAGAAAAACAUGCGCUCAGGACUGGAACGUCCAUCCUGUAGGAGCCACAAUGACGGUCUAACAGAGUGCAGAGUAAUGUCCUGCUGUUUGUUUAAUGUGGGAAAUUUAUACUCCACCAGCUUCAGCCAAACUCUUGAACAUGAACCUAAAUCCACACACUGUUGCUUUCCAAGUAUGUUUUUUCUAUAAUCAGCAUCAUCCAAGGAUUAUGUUAGAAUAACAUUAUUAAUAUAUAAUUAUAUAUAAUUACAUCUUCGUUUAUAUAACUGCACUGCUGUUCCUUAAUUGCCAUGUGAGUUACAUUAUCAUCAGCUGGUGAUACUGACUUUUUGCGAAGGGAAAUGCAGCUUUAGUGUCUGUCUUUUAGCACAAUCUUGUGUAUUACCCAUCAAGUGCAUAUUCAGGAGCGCUUUUACUAGGAUCUAGUUUAAAAAUUAGUCAGUUUGAGAAAAAUUGAAUAGCAAUCUUUAACUAACUCAGAGUUGCAGCUUAUGGUAGGUGCAAACAGCUGAUUAAAUCUGCUAGUUUAUCUUUCAGCCGACAAAAUGCACAGUCGAUAGUUAGAAAGGAGAGGCUGCUUUAUUUGUUUCUGUGUGUGAAAGAACCAUUAAUUCAUUACUGCGGAUUUCGAGAGUGAAAUCUUCCAUUGUCGUUGUAACCUGAUAAGUGCUGUGUGAGAAAGGACAGCUGGACAGGCGUAGCAACAGGACUUCGUGAAUGGUCAGAUUGUUACAGCUGAAGCUGUGACCUGCUUGUUCUCUGUUAAUAUUCAACUCAACAUUUAACAUACAGAGGAAGGAACUAGGAGUGUAAUUGAGAUUUUGUUGAGAAAACUCAGCCAUGUCACCUUCUUUUGUCACAAGGAUGUUGAAAUAUGAAUGAGAUGACUAAAAUGUGUUGUGUACAUAAAAUCCAUUUAAUGUAAUAUUUGGCAUUAAUCAUUGUUAUAAGCUAUCUUUUCAUUUUUGAAUGUCUUUAGUUUUUCUAUUAUUUUUCUUGAAAUGAAAUGCCUUUUUUGACAACUCACCAAAUGGCCAAAGUGUAAAAUACUGAUAUACAUUGUUGUAGAUAAGAAAAAUACGAGAGCAAAUAAUGACAACAGGAGAGGUGAUUGGAAAUUUUCACAGUUGUCACUUAAGUUGAUACUGAAUUUAACUGAGCAAUUAUCUAUGCAUUCUUUUGAUCUCGAGAAAUGGAAAGUCAUAAAAAGCCUUGCAUGCCCUUGGACGGUUGAAAGAGCGACUGUAUGUACUGAACAGAAAUAUUUUUUAUUUUAUUUAUUCUAUUUUAUAAAGGUAUAUACUGAUUUUAUUAGUUGGGGCAAGUAAAGUCUCUUGACUCAGUGUCGUUGUCUCAGUCUCUGGUUAACUCACAAUGCUACAACAAGCGCCGCUUUGCAGAAAAAGGCAGAUAAAGGAAUAUAUCUUCACCUUGUACAGUGCCCUGAGAGCUGGAGGUCCACUGCUGGUCUGAACAGGAGGAGUGAAAGGUGAGGAGGAAGACGAUGAUGAUGAUGAUGAUGGUAACAGCAGUGGACUCCCAGCGUCUCUGUCAAGCUCACAUACAUAAACAACAACAACAAAAACACACACACACACACUCCAUUUCCCACAGAUGGAUGUGCUGGCUUCCGUUUGCUGCUCACUGAUUUGUACACUUUAUCAAUGUAACCAAUUGUGAGAAUAAACAGCAUUAUAAAAUACA